AAAGCAGUUAGGUCUUUUGAUGUUGAAAGAAUUCUACUCUAUUGCAAAAGUCUUUAUUGGAUUAUUGAGUUAAUUAUGGAUUGACAAACAAGCUCCUAAUGGCACUCCACGAGAGAGAGAUAAGCGCUGAGCUGCCCCCCCAACAGCCACUACGAGCCUUGUGCAGACCCCUGUCAAGAGACAUGUUCUGGGAAACCUCCCUCCUGCGGUGGGCCCUGCUCGGAGGCCUGUGUGUGUAAUCCUGGCUACAUCCUGAGUGCCGGCAAGUGCGUCAAGAAGAGUUUGUGUGGUUGCAAACACACCAACGGCCAGUACUAUGAGCCUGGACAGGAGUUUUAUGUUGAGGACUGUAAGCUGAAGUGUAGGUGUGAUGUUCCCUUCGUCACCUGUGUGGCCUCUGAAUGUGACCCAAUGCACGAGUGUAAACUCCAGGAUGGAAUACUGGGCUGCCAUCCCACCAGCUCUCAGGACUGUGUGGUGUCUGGAGAUCCGCACUACAACACAUUUGACAAGAAAUUCUACAGCUUCAUGGGAACAUGUACCUACACACUUGCCAGAAACUGCAAGAACAGCACAGGUCCCUGGUUCUCAGUGGAGGGGAAGAAUGAAGAAAGAGGAGUGUCAGGUGUGUCCUACCUGAGGAAACUCUACGUCACAGUGAAUGGAAUCACUGUGAUUCUGAUGAAGGCCAGGAAGACACUGGUGAACGGACUGCGGGUGGCCCUCCCUCACUCCCCCUCUCCUCUCAUCUCUCUCAGUCUGGCCGGUCAGUAUAUUACCCUGCAGACGCCCUUUGGCCUCCAGGUGCGCUGGGAUGGAAACCAUUAUGCCCGAAUCUCAGUUCCCAGCUCCUACUACAACCAGACGUGUGGUCUCUGUGGUGACUAUGACGGGAACCCAGACAAUGACUUCACCAAACCAGAUGGCACUCUGGUAGGAAAUGUCAAUAAUUUCGGGAACAGCUGGCAGACAGAAGAGGAUGAGGAUGACACCUGUAGCAAUGAUGGAGGACAGGAAGACUGUAAUAAAGAGGUGGAGGAGGAGGCCAAGAAGCCCACCAGCUGCGGCAUGAUCACUGAUCCCAAUGGUAUCUUUAAGCCCUGUCACUCUGUCGUGCCCCCUGAGCCAUACUUUGGAAGCUGUGUGUACGACAUGUGUGCCACUGGAGGUCAGAUUGUGGCUUUGUGCCAGGCCAUAGAAAGCUAUGCUGACAUGUGUGCUGCUGCAGGAGUCUCCAUCGCAUGGAGGAACAAUACCUUCUGUCCUCUGAAGUGCCCUACAGGCAGUCAUUACAACUCAUGCAGCACUGCCUGCCCCCAGCCCAGCUGUCAGGACCCUACGGGCCCCGGUGGCUCUUGCAACCAGCCCUGUGUAGAGGGAUGCUUCUGUAACCCCGGCCUCGUCCUCAGCGGAGACAAAUGUGUCCCACUCAGCGAGUGUGGAUGUACUGAUGGAGAUGGAAAGUACAGGCCGGUAGGAGACGCUUGGUUCACAGAGAUGGAUUGCUCAGAGCGCUGCAAGUGUAACGGUAACCAUAACAUCACCUGUGAGCCCUGGCAGUGCAGCCCAGCGCAGGAGUGUAAAGUUGUUGGAGGAGUACUGGACUGCCACUCCACAGGUAAAGGGGUGUGUCACGUGGCUGGAGAUCCUCACUACUACACCUUUGAUGGUGUGAUGCACACGUUCAUGGGCACCUGCACUUACAUUCUGGCGGAGGUGUGUAACACCACCAACGUAACUCCGUUCAAGAUAGUGGCUAAAAACGAGGAGCGUGGUCAACCAGAGGCCUCUUAUGUUCGCUCUGUCAAAAUCUACCUGCCUCAUGACACUGUGGUUGAGCUGCAAAAGAGCCACAGAGUUCUGCUGAAUGGACGACGGGUGCGAACCCCAGUUUCCAUUGAUUUGGCUGGUGCCAAGGUGAUAGCCAGUGGAUCAUACAAUCUGCUGGACACAAACUUUGGUUUGCAAGUGAAGUUUGAUGGAGUCCAUCACUUGGAGAUCACUGUUCCUGGAGAAUACUUCAACAAGCUGUGUGGCAUGUGUGGAAACUACAAUCACAACUCCUCUGAUGACAACCUGAUGUCCAACAAGAAACCAACUAAUGAUGUGAUUGAACUGGGCAACAGCUGGAAGUCAGAUGGAGACAGUGAUGCUGGCUGUCAGCCAGACACUCGUCCAGAUGUCCGACCUAACUGCACCGCAGAAGAAGAGAAGACAUACGAGGCUCAGUGUGCCGAGGUCAUCCUGUCUGACAGAUUCAAGCCCUGCCAUUCUCUGGUGCCCCCAAAUGCUUUCCUUGGUAACUGUAUCUAUGACAUGUGUGAGUAUGAUGGCAUGAAGGCAACGCUCUGUGACAACGUGGAGGCAUAUGCUCAGGCCUGUCAGAGCGCUGGAGUCACCAUCAGCUGGAGGAACAACAGCUUCUGUCCCCUGCCCUGCCCUCCUAACAGCCACUACUCAGACUGCACCGCCCCCUGCCCCCCAACCUGCGCUGACCUCUUCCCCGUCUUCUGCCAUCUCCCUCCAACCACCUGUGUGGAGGGCUGCCAGUGUGAUGCAGGCUACGUUCUCAGUGACAACAAGUGUGUUCCUCUGGACAAAUGUGGCUGUCUGGACACAGAUAAAGUGUACCAUAAUGUAGGAGACUCGUGGCUGACUGACAAAUGUGCUAGCUCAUGUAAAUGUAACCUUGGUGGCCAAAUCACAUGUAAGGACCACAGCUGUGAUUCCAACUCACUGUGCACCCUGGACAAAUAUGGAGACCUCUACUGCAAACCCACCAAGUUUGACAAGUGCAGCAUCUCUGGAGAUCCUCACCACCGAACAUUUGAUGGUUUCACCCAUCACUUCCAGGGUCCCUACACCUACGUCCUUACUCAGGACCACAACCUGCAGAACUCCUUGUCACCACUAGUGGUGAGGGGGAAGAAUAUCAGACGUGGGGGGAACAGGAGGGUGUCAUUCCUGGAUCAAAUGUACAUCGACGUUUACGGUGUCAAUGUUCGCUUCUUGCAGAAGAAGAUCAUCCUGGUGAAUGGAGAGCGUGUUGCACCUCCUCUCAGUCCAGUUAGUGGUUUGACCAUCACGAUGAACUCCAGGCAGGUUCAGCUCACCACUGACUUUGGACUCACUGUACGCUUUGAUGGCAACAGUCGCGGAGAGAUUAUACUGCCCAGCACCUACAAGAACUCUGUCAGAGGGCUGUGUGGAAACUAUGACGGCAUCACCAGAAAUGAGUACAUGAUGCCUGACGGGACUGUAGUCAGGGACCUGAACAAGUUCGGAGAAAGCUGGAGGGUCAAUGACCGACAGGCUGAUGGACUGAAGAUCUCUGACCUUCCUCACACAGUCCACACACACAGGAGAGAGGUGGAGACUGAUCCAGAUUCAGGAUUUGAGACAUCAGAAUGCUCUCAGCUUCAGCUCAAUGAUUACAACAGUGUGACUCAGUGUGGAGCGCUGUCUAACUCCAAGGGAUUGUUUGCUGCCUGCCAUGCGACCCUGCCACCUAAAACCUACCAGGAUGACUGUGUGUUUGACCUUUGUGCUAUACCGGGCAAUUUAGCGCUGCGUUGUGCCAGUUACGAAGCGUAUGCUGCAGCCUGUCAGGAGGCUGGCAUUAAACUGGGAUCCUGGAGGCAGCAGCUGGACUGUGUCCUCUCCUGUGAUGCCAACAGCACCUAUUCCUCAUGUAUGUCACCCUGCCCCGCCUCCUGCGCUGACCUGGCAGCACCCUCCGAGUGUGACACCACUUUCUGUGUGGAAGGGUGCCAGUGUGCCCUUGGCUCGGUCAUGAGUGAGGGAAUCUGUGUACCAUACAGAGAGUGUGGCUGCACCUUCCUCAACAGAUAUUACCCUCUGAAGGAGAAGUUUGUUACUGAUGACUGUUCUCAGUCCUGUGAAUGCACCAGCACUGGCGUUGUGUGCCAACCCAAGAUCUGCCAGGAGGGUUACAUCUGUACCGUCUACAAUUUUAAGCGGGACUGUUUUAGAGCAGCGAAUCCGUGUCUCAGUUACCCCUGUCUGAAUGGAGGAACAUGUAAGGUGGACAGCAACGACAUGUACACCUGUCAGUGUGCAGAGGGCUUUGAGGGCACAAACUGUGAUGUGGAGAUAACACAGAAAGGAGGAUUGGAAACCAAGUGGAUUAUCCUGAUCUCGGUCCUGGUGUCAGUCGCUGUCAUCUUCAUCAUAAUCACCAUCGUGUGUGUUUGCAGACACAAAGUAAAGAAAUUUAAGUUUGAGGAGAAGAAAAUCAGCAUGAAAUCAACAAGUGUUCCAUAUACAAACAUAGAUGACCAAAGAGAUAAAGUGUCUACUAUGUGAUGAGAAACUGUUUAACCUGUGUAGUGUUUACCUGAAUGUAAUAAAGUCCGGCUGUAUGAGGUGAACAUGCACAAUCUGUUCUGAAGCUUAUU